AUGGCUCUACUAUCCUCUAUCUUCUUCAUUAUUCUCUCCCUCUUCGUCUCAUCCUCUUCUAAUAACGAAACGGCGGCUGAGACUAUCUCGGCUGCCGCUUUCGAUAGAAGAGGAGGGAAGUGGGUUCUUCUCCAAAAAAGCAUCGGGGUCUCGGCAAUGCACAUGCAGGUUCUCAAGAACAACCGAGUCAUCAUCUUUGACCGAACCAACGUCGGGCCUUCCAACCUCACUUUCCCCAGUGACAAAAAAUUCUGCCUCAACUACACCAUCCACGGCAGACCUGCAGCCAAACCUCAUGCCCGAGAACCGAUCACAACAGACUGUACUGCUCAUUCCCUCUCCUACGACUUCGCCUCCAACACUCUCCGCCCCCUCAUCGUCCACAGCGACACGUGGUGCUCCUCUGGCGCGGUGGACCCCACCGGAACCCUAGUCCAAACCGGAGGCUUCGGCAACGGCACCCGCACUGUCCGCACAAUCCCGCCAUGCGAAGACGACAAGUGUGACUGGUUGGAACUUGAUCAACACAGCCUCAUGCAGAAAAGGUGGUACGCCUCGUCGCAGAUCCUCCCCGACGGACGCGCCGUCGUCGUCGGAGGUCGGAAGGCUUUCACGUACGAGUUCUUUCCCAGAACGAACGACGUGUCGCAUUACCUGAAGUUCUUGUGGGAGACGGCUGAUACACCAGACAAGGGUGAGGAGAACAACCUCUAUCCGUUUCUGCAUCUCUUGCCGGACGGGAACCUCUUCUUGUUUGCAAACAACCGGUCGGUUUUACUCGACUUCGACCACACCAGAGUCAUCAAAGAGUUUCCGGUAAUGCCCGGCGGCGUGAAAAGAAACUACCCGAGCUCCGGUUCGUCGGUGCUCCUCCCUCUCAAAAUAAACGGGUCGGGUUUACCCGAGGCCGAGGUGUUGAUAUGCGGCGGAGCAGAGCUGGGUUCGUAUAUAUUCGCAAAUAGAAAUAACUCCGACAAGGACAACAUGAAAGUGUUCAAAGGAGCCUCUACCAGCUGUGGGCGGAUCAAACUGACCGACCCGGAUCCGAAAUGGGCCAUGGAGACUCUGCCGAUGCCACGUGUCAUGUCGGACAUGCUGUUGUUGCCGACGGGAGAUGUUAUCAUUAUCAACGGCGCGUCAAAUGGGACGGCAGGUUGGGAAUGUGCGACAAACCCGGUGUUGAACCCGGUUCUUUACAAAACCUACGAGCGGAAACCGGAGGCUCGGUUUAGCGUACUGAAUCCCUCGACUAUUCCGAGAAUGUAUCACUCGUCGGCGGUGCUAUUGCCAGAUGGGAGGAUAUUAGUGGGCGGGAGCAACCCUCACGAGAGGUACAACUUCAGACAGGAGUUCCCUACUGAGCUGAGCUUGGAGGCUUAUGUUCCGGCGUACCUGGACCCCAAAUUCAAUUCUCUGCGUCCUACGAUCCUCUCCGUUGAGUCGAGGACUAAGGCUGUAUCGUACGGUCUGGAUUUUGGUGUUAAGUUUCAGCUUGAUUUGCACACGAAAGAUGCUUCCGAGUUUUCAGUGGCGCUCGUAACGCCGUCGUUUACGACGCACUCGUAUGCUAUGAAUCAGAGGAUGGUGGUUUUGGAGAUUGUUAGAUUUAAGCCUUUGUAUAGCAGAUAUAGAAAGUCGACGGAUAAGUAUGACUGUUUGAUCGUAGCUCGCGGCCCGCCGAAGAACACGGUGGCGCCACCGGGUUACUAUACGCUUUUCCUUGUACAUUCUGGAAUUCCCAGCCAUGCUACUUGGGUGAAAGUGCAGUAA